UUGUGCAUUGUUGGCCAAAUUUGUACUAUAUACUUGAUUCAUUCCCAUCAAAGACUCACCUUUAUUCACAUCAUCUGAGAGAAAAUUCAGGAAAAAAGAAAUAGAGAAAUGGAGUACAAGCACUUCAGCCAUGUUCAUGGCCUGGUCUAUCAGCAAUUGCCACAAGGCACAGAAGUUCAUUGCUCCGGCUGCAAAUUUCCGGGCUCCGGCUGUCUUUACUCAUGUUGGCAGUGCAGUUACUUUCUUCACGAGCAAUGUUUUCAGGCAAGCCGUUCUCUCAAACACCCUUCCCAUCCCGCUCAUCCUUUAACUUUAGUCCCAUAUCCUACUUAUCCCUCCAAUUCUUUCUACUGCAACACUUGUAAUCUUGUUGGAAAUGGUUUUUCUUAUUGUUGUUCUGAAUGUGAUUUUGACCUUCAUGUUCAUUGUGCCUUCAAGCCUAAUGCGACUCCUUUGCAAGAAACUUUGUCCCCUGCUCCUAACUACCACAGUUACCCGAAUGUUGGGUAUGGAACACAGAAUUUUAGUCCUCAUCCAUCAUCUCCAAUUGAUCAAACUGCCGGCUAUUCUUUCCAUAAUGCCAAUUUUCCCUCGAGUUAUCCUGCAUCAUCUGAAACAGGGAGCUAUUAUGAAAGCAUCCAACAUAAUGCUAGCUCAAAUCCUCCCCUGCAUAACUCCCCGAUGCCUAGUGGCUACCCUGGAUCCAUCCAACAUAAUGCCACCCCAAAUCCUCCAUCCAAUACCUCAUUGAUGCCUAAUACCUAUCAGGAAUCCAUCCAACAUAAUGCUAGCUUUAACGCUCCCCCGCAUAACUCACCGAUGCCUAAUCUUAAUGCCUCACCAGCUAGUGUGCCGAGCCAUCAGGUUUCAGGGACUGCUCCAGCUGGAAAUUCUCCAGUCGUUAAUAGCCAAAUAAAACCACCAGAGGCAAGUUCUUCACUGCCGCAGCCAUCUGAGCCGGUUAGAAUCUCACUGCUCAGUAAUCCAUCAAAAGUACAGGAGGUCAAGCAUUUCAGCCAUCAACAUGCGCUGCAACUAAAUGACAUCAAAGAUACAUCUCCAAAAGUGUGUUCAGGCUGUGAGGAUAAUCUUACAGGCUCAGCUUAUAGCUGCGUUGAAUCCCAAUGCAAUUUCCACCUCCACAAGUCCUGUUUCGAGUUGCCACGAGAGAUUCGUCAUAAAUCUCACCUUGAUCACCCCCUCACACUACUAGCUAAACCAGCUUCACAUUACACAGAUGGUCAGUUUGCCUGCAACGCCUGUCUUCAGAGUGGGGCCGCAUUUGUGUACAAUUGUGAGUCUUGCUCGUUUGAUCUCCAUGUCGAAUGUGUUUCAUUGCCCGAAAGCAUCAUAAGGCCAGACCAUAAGCAUCCCCUUAAGCUAUUCUACUCCAAUCCUGUGCCAAAGGAAGAGGGACAGCAGGUAACUUUUGUGUGUGAUGUGUGUCAAAAGCCAGUGCACGAAAUAGCGUGGAUUUACUAUUGCCAUGAAUGUGACUUUGGUACUCAUCUGGAAUGUGCUGUUUAUGAAACUCAACCUGUUCAGAAGACUGAAGAAGAAUUGGUUCGUGAAGCUGAACUUAAGCUGGCCAUGCUUCAGCUUCUAAUGAAUGGUGUUCGUGAUACUGCAAACGUGGUAAAUAGUCCAAAUGUUGUCUAUCGUGCAACAGACAAAAAUUGAAAACUAGCGCUAGCAGCAGGGGCUGGGAAAGUAACCCCCUCUGAAUUGUUUUUCCUUUCUUUCUCAGGGACAUUGAUCAAUGGUGUCAUAGUUUCUCUUCAAUUUAAACUAUUUGGUUGUAUUUGUCCGUAUUUCUCUGAAAUCGGGUAGAGGUUCGAUCAUGAAUAUUUGAUAAUGUCCUCCAUUAAUUGCAAUUCUGGUUCAAAGCUA